AUGGACAAGUGCGCGUCAGCUAUUACCGGGCAAGGCCCGGCAGGAAUCGGAGCGAGAAGGAAAGCGAGACGAGAGACGAGAGACGAGAGGGUCAAAGAGGACGAAGACGGGAAGUCAACUGUGCGAAAGAGGGAAGACAAGACCGAGAAGGCAAAACGGCCAAUUUCGACGAAAUCGAUAUCCAAAUCCGCGCAUGGGUUGUUUCCCGUUUCCCAUGUAUGCUGGACAAAUGACUAG